UACCUCACCUCCUCUUCCUCUUCCUGCUCAGGCCCUGCUCCUCUCAUAUCCCACACAACCCUCUUUCCUUCUGUGGAUCUCAUUCUCCAGUGCCCAAAGAGUCACUGCCAUACAAUCCAUGCUGAACAUGAUGACUGAUUUGAGCUGUGGGCCGUCCAAGGUGAGAGAACAGCCGGCGCCGGCCGGCUCAGGGCCGUCGGCGGGGAGCGCGAGCGACAAGCCGGGGAGGGGCAAGAUCGAGAUCAAACGCAUCGAGAACACGACCAACAGGCAGGUCACCUUCUGCAAGCGCCGCAACGGCCUCCUCAAGAAGGCGUACGAGCUCUCGGUGCUCUGCGACGCCGAGGUGGCGCUCAUCGUCUUCUCCAGCCGCGGCCGCCUCUACGAGUAUUCCAACAACAGUGUGAAGGCCACCAUUGAGAGGUACAAAAAGGCUAAUAGUGACACCUCCAACUCUGGCGCAGUUGCAGAAGUCAAUGCCCAGUACUACCAGCAGGAAUCCUCCAAGCUGCGCCAGACGAUCAGUAGCUUGCAGAACUCAAACAGGACCUUAGUAGGAGAUGCAAUAAAUAGCAUGAGCCUCAGGGAACUUAAGCAGCUGGAGGGCAGGCUGGAGAAAGGGAUAGGCAAGAUUAGAGCUAGAAAGAAUGAGCUGUUAAAUGCUGAAGUUGAGUAUAUGCAGAAAAGGGAGAUGGAGCUACAAAAUGACAAUAUGUACUUAAGGAGCAAGGUCUCUGAGAAUGAGAGGGGGCAUCAGCCAAUAAACAUGCUGGGGGCGCCAUCAACAAGUGAAUACGAUCACAUGGUCCCAUACGACUCGAGAAACUUCCUGCAAGUGAGCAUCAUGCAGCAGCCUCAGCAUUACUCCCAUCAGCUGCAACCAACAACCCUUCAACUCGGCCAACAGCGAUUCAGUUAAAUUUGUCUACACACUGCCAAAUAUUAGAUGAAACCUGAAGGCACGC